GUUUCCGGUUGGAGACGUGGCUCCGGGCCGCCAUCUUGGCAAAAGGCGAAGCGGCGGCGGCUCCUGUCAGGGGGGCAGCAGGUCCAGAGCGGCCGGUGCUCCCCUUCCCUGACCCAGCCCUAGCUCCGGAGCGCGGGUGCGCCCCACCAGCGCCCUCACCAUGGUGCUGUUGGCAGCAGCAGUCUGCACAAAAGCAGGAAAGGCUAUUGUUUCUCGACAGUUUGUGGAGAUGACCCGAACUCGGAUUGAGGGUUUAUUAGCAGCUUUUCCAAAACUCAUGAACACUGGAAAACAACAUACAUUUGUUGAAACAGAGAGUGUAAGAUAUGUCUACCAGCCUAUGGAAAAACUGUACAUGGUAUUGAUCACUACCAAAAACAGCAACAUUUUAGAAGAUUUGGAGACCCUAAGGCUCUUCUCAAGAGUGAUCCCUGAAUAUUGCCGAGCCCUGGAAGAGAAUGAAAUAUCUGAGCACUGUUUUGAUUUGAUUUUUGCUUUUGAUGAAAUUGUUGCCUUGGGAUACCGGGAGAAUGUUAACCUGGCACAGAUCAGAACCUUCACAGAAAUGGAUUCUCAUGAGGAGAAGGUGUUCAGAGCAGUCAGAGAGACUCAAGAACGUGAAGCCAAGGCUGAGAUGCGGCGUAAAGCAAAGGAAUUACAACAGGCCCGAAGGGAUGCAGAGAGACAGGGGAAAAAAGCACCAGGAUUUGGGGGAUUUGGUAGCUCUGCGGUAUCUGGAGGGAGCACAGCUGCCAUGAUCACAGAGACCAUCAUUGAAACUGAUAAACCCAAAGUGGCACCUGCACCAGCCAGGCCUUCAGGCCCCAGCAAGGCUUUGAAACUUGGAGCCAAAGGAAAGGAAGUAGAUAACUUUGUGGACAAAUUGAAAUCUGAAGGUGAAACUAUCGUGUCCUCUAAUAUGGGCAAACGUACCUCUGAAGCAACCAAAGUGCACACACCACCUGUUAAUAUGGAAAGUGUGCAUAUGAAGAUUGAAGAAAAGAUCACACUAACCUGUGGGCGAGAUGGAGGAUUACAGAAUAUGGAAUUACAUGGCAUGAUCAUGCUUAGGAUCUCAGAUGACAAAUUUGGCCGAAUUCGUCUUCACGUGGAAAACGAGGAUAAGAAAGGAGUGCAACUACAAACCCAUCCAAAUGUGGAUAAAAAGCUCUUCACUGCAGAGUCUCUAAUUGGCCUGAAGAAUCCGGAGAAGUCUUUUCCAGUCAAUAGUGAUGUAGGAGUGCUAAAGUGGAGACUACAAACCACAGAAGAAUCUUUGAUUCCAUUGACAAUUAAUUGCUGGCCCUCGGAGAGUGGAAAUGGCUGUGAUGUCAACAUAGAAUAUGAGCUACAGGAAGAUAAUUUAGAACUGAAUGACGUGGUUAUCACCAUCCCACUCCCUUCCGGUGUUGGUGCACCUGUGAUUGGUGAGAUUGAUGGAGAGUAUCGACAUGACAGUCGGAGAAAUACCUUAGAGUGGUGCCUGCCCGUGAUUGAUGCCAAAAAUAAGAGUGGCAGCCUUGAGUUUAGUAUUGCUGGACAGCCCAAUGACUUCUUCCCUGUUCAAGUUUCCUUCAUCUCCAAAAAAAAUUACUGCAACAUACAGGUUACCAAAGUGACCCAGGUAGAUGGAAACAGCCCUGUCAGGUUUUCCACAGAGACCACUUUCCUAGUGGAUAAGUAUGAAAUCCUGUAAUAUCCAGAAGAAAGAACCGAAAAGGAAAACUUUCAAAUUAAUAAAGAAGAAGCCAAAAGUGGCUGAAGAGUUUUUCCAAAUUUACAAGCCAUUGGAGACCCUUUUUUUCUGAUACAGUGCACGUUCUCUGCGCGCAAGGACCCUCAGCUAACCCCCAGUGUUUCAGUGUCACAGAGACAUUGUUUGACAAAGAAAUGACACAGACAUAAAGGGAAAGGCUGCUGAUUUCUUUGGCAGAUAUUACUGGCCAGCAGGAAAGCAAGCUCUCCAGAGAAUGCCCUCAGUAAACACCUCAUCUGCCUUCACCCAAGUUGCUCCUUUAUUUUAAUUCCUGAUAUAGUUGUACUUCGUACUUUGUUUUUUUAAAAUUUUCUCCAUAAAUUUUAAUCUUUCAUUCUCCUUUCCUUUAUCUUCAGUUUUUCUUUCUGUACAUUUAAUCAAGCCCUGGGAUCAUCUGUUCAUAGGCAUUGUGUUUAACACUCCUGGAACAAGAUUAUCUAACCCAUUCUUGAUAUUUGGACAAUACAGGUGAACUGUUUAAGUGGUAUGGAGUCUAGAAGUUAAAAGAUAAGGUUGACUUCUGUCUUUUGUCCAUGUCCAUCCAUUCCUCCAUUACUUUACUAAGUUGUUUUUAAGGCCUGCCCUUCCAGUUUAGAACAGUACUGUACAUCCCACUUGUGUCAAUAUUAACUAUAACUGAGAAGUACUUUCAGAUGCUCAGCCCCUCCUCAAGACAUCUAGGAGAAAAAUGGUUAUGUCCAAUUAGGGAUUUCACAUCCAGACAUAAUCAUAUCUGCUGCUAGUGCUACCCAAGCUUCUAGUUCUCGACAUUUGGGGUACUUGCACUAAAACACAAUGUCUUUGUGAUCCAUUCACAUUCCUCAAAUUGACCACCUCCCUCUUCCUGGCUACUCUCUGUGUCAUCAGUCCUCUCUUGUCUAACAGAAAUGAGGCUGUGAUUUUGGAGACCAUGGGUUCAGUGAGUGUUUGUGCCAUUUCCCAUCGGUCCUGAACUAUCAGGAGACUCCAUCUCUGCCACUAGAGUGUUAGCAUUUCAAGAGGCAGUUGGUUAUGCUGGUAUGUACAGAUUACUCAUAUGUACCCCAUUUCCUUCCAACCAACCCAGCAUUUCACUGCAUCGUUCUGUCUCUGAAAUCCCUUCUUUACUUCCCCCUAAGCCUUUUGAGUGUCAUCCUGUAGCGAUUGUUCCUCAGCUCCAUUUCAUCCAUUACUUUUUCAGUGGAGACUCAACAUAAGCCAGCCCAACCUGGGCUUUUAACCUAGGAUUGCACUCACUAGGGUGGAAGGCAAAUUGUUAUAAAGGUGUAGGCCCAGAAAGUGGAAGAGGCAGGUGACUGUAGAUAAUCUCUGCACUCUUAGCACCACUCCUGCUCUGAACUCCUAGCCCACUCUACAAAGAGUGUCCUGCACAUGAAGCAGAGCAGUCACACACAAAUGGCAAUGGCUGGAAUUGCUUGCCAAAGACAUUUCUGGCCUUUCCCUUUCCCCUAACUGCAUCAGGGAAGAAACUUUAGCUUGGUUUCCACAUGAGAUUUUUCUGAGGAAGGGGACUGGGACAAUAAGUCUGUCAUGUAGUUAAGUAGUCAAGAAAUCUUAUUAAUCCAGUUUUGUUUGAGAGUUGUUUGUCCAUAUGAUUUUUAAACAGUCAAGUUUAAUUUCACAAAAACUUUUUCUGAAAUUACUUUUGGGGUAAUAUUUAAAAUGAGAGACAUUUUGUAACCCUGUAAAAUAUGUAGGGAAUAUAACAUUCCAGUGUACACAAG